ACGACCCUAAGCUGCUGCACGCAACCGGGCGGUGGUUAUUUUUAACAGGCAUAAGGAGAGGCAGCUCGGGGUCCUUAGCAACUCUCAGCGCCAGUUGAUGGUGUACUCAGCUUCCAGAGGGAGGUCAGUAUGGUCCAGAAAAUACUGAAUAAAUUCGUCGGUGCCAAGUAUGUUUCCCUUCUGAGGACGUGGGUGCCGAACAUGGUAGCCUGGGGGACGGUGGGAGGUGUGGCGCUCGUUCACUUUACAGACUGGCGGUUAAUUCUAGACUACGUGCCAUACAUUAAAGGAAAAUUUAAGAAGGAUGAGUAAAGUCAACAUGAAAAUGUGAGUGAAUUAUCACUGUGACCAGCAGGACCAGAGCUUGGGGAUGGGUGGAUUGCAGCGCGGGCUUAAGUGGGAUGCCCUGUCUCACCAAUCAGUCUCUGAGGGCUUGUUAGGAGUUCGGAUUUCGGGAUGCACACUGUAUGAAUGCUGUUUUUGGUCCAGUGUUAUUAAAUGUUAAUAAAUCUUGAAUUUAC